UUUGCAUUAAAUAUGUCUGUUGAACCAUAGCAAUAUCAAUAUGUUUUAAAUAAACUAGAAAUAUAAUAAAAAAACUGUUAUAUGGCUGUGUUAUUAAUAUGAGGUUUAAUCAAAAGGAAUUAGCGUUUAUCGCUCUCCAACCAGCUGAAACUUUUGAUCUUCAAGGUUUAUUGUGGUUGAAAGAAAGAGAUGGUUUUUUUUUGAAGCGAACUGAGUCAUAUACAGAAAGAUGGUGUAGAUUAAAAGGAAAUCUUUUAUUUUAUUGUAAAGGAAGUGAAAAGACCUCUGAACUUGCUGGUUUGUUGGUUUUAGAGAGAUGCAAUAUCAAUAAAGAUGUAAACUCUAGCAGGAAAUAUGCAUUUACUCUAGUGUUCGACAGACAAGACGAAGGACAGCAUUACCAUUUUGCGGCGAAUUCCGAAGCUGAGUAUAACGACUGGAAUAAACAUAUAAAAAAUGCAAGCUACGAAAAGCUCAAAGAAAAAUUACAAAAACUAUGUGAACAGAUUACCGAGAUGACUGGUGAGCACCCGUUACCGCAUAACCAUCCAUUUCGUGAUGAUAACGACAGCGAGCCUCCAAAACCACCAAAACCGCUUCACAAACCUCCGUUGCUGGAAAUAAGCAUGGCUUGCAAUGAUCUAAAACCAACUGUGGAGAAUAAAUAUCCAAAUGCAGUUAUAGUUGUUAGUACUAUGACCCCUCCUGGAGCAACUUGGUCCAGACUUGCACAGACUGAAAUAAUAGAGCAAAAACGUCACCCAUAUUUCUUGACGACUAUAAGCAUACCUUCUGGUGGAAAUUACAGUGAGGUAACAAGACUAAAACUUGCUGUCUUUGAUGUUCGCGACCGAGAUAAAGAAGAGAUGACUCAUUUGGGUCAGGCAGUUUGUACAAUCAAGGAUAUAUUGGAUUCCACGAAUCAGAAAAUUCAACUUUCUCUUACUGGCUUGGACUCUCCAACGGCCUCAGGGACAAUAACAUUAUUAGGCUGGAAGGUUGAAACUGUUCAAGAUACUUUGGCGGACACUGAUGGAACGUUCAGACCAAGAUGCGGCUCAAUAAACAAACCAAAAUUCGACAAUAUGUUACAAAGAUCAUUUAGAUUUCCUACAAUCUUGGGUACAGAGGUGAAGUUUGUGGAUAUGAUGGGCGAAAGCUUUCUGACGUUCAGAAUUCCUCAACAAUUACUGAAGGUUUUCAUAUCUGAAGAAAAGCAAAAGAUUUUAGACUUAAAUAAUCUUGGCGACUUAAACUCGGAUUGGGACAAUGUGCGUCAGGAAAUUCUCGACAACCAUUUUAAAUUAGUCAGUAAUUAUACUGCAUCAUUUCGUCAUCUGAAUAAUUUGAGAGAAAGGCAAGAUGUAGGGGUGUCAUCUUGGCGUAAUUUUAAACCAAGCAGCCUGAAGACGGACAAGACCUUGGCGUUUGUUACAACAAACUUACAUUUGCAAAGACUUAAAGUCAUAGAUGGGACGAAUGAACAAGGCUAUGAUGUGGUUACGUUUGGGGCUCCAUCGGCUCAUUCAAUGAAGUACAGUAAAGGAGGGUUGAGAAGACUUCUAGGAAACCUGAGAGAAGCUUAUUUUACGCAAAGUGGAGGUGACAACAGAGCAAACCGAGCUAAGAAUAAAAGAAUUGAACUGGAACUGUUGAAACAUGCAUUUAAGGAUAUAUGUAAAAAUUUUAAAAGCGCUUUAGCCAAUAACAACUUGGAGGAGGUCAUCGAACUCUCAACAAAGUUGCACGAAAAGGUGAACGAUCUUCUAAAAUACUAUGAAAUGACGUUUAUCAUCGAUUCUCUUGUUUCGUUGAGUACAUCCCGUCCAAUUCCAUCCACGGCUUCAACUUCUCGUGAAGAAUAUGGUGAGAAAUACACAUACAAAGGCCUAAAUGAUUUUCAACCUGAAUCGGAGGAUGCCGAUGACCCCGAAUGCCAGGUUCUGCGUAAUUCUAUUGAAGGUUCAGUGGCGCAGAUUCUAAAAAUGAUUAACGAGUUGAAUAAAGAAAGUCCGCUAAUUUUGAAUGACUUAGCAAAGAAAAGUUGGCGAACGAUAGGAGAGAAGACUUUGGAUUCCGUAGUAGAUGAUGUUUACUAUUUUGUUGACGCUCUUAUUAAGAAAUUAAAUUUGGGAAUGAUUUUCGUUCUACUUCAGGAAGAAUCGCGUCAUGCCCAGACUAUGCAAGACCUCCGUCAACGUCGCGAUAUUUGUCUUUCACAGGCAGUAACGGCACUUAUUUGUGGAUUUGAAGCUAAAAUUUACACAUCACUAUUUGACGCAAGUUUCAUGAAACAACUUUGUGAGAUUGGUGUUCUUGCUGAAUUUGAAUGUCUUCUUAGUACUUACGGUGAUGAAAUGGGAAUGUUAGAAGAUAUGUCCAUUGCAAUACGCGAUCUUUCUUGUGUCAAAUUUAAGUUUGCUUGCUCUGAUAACGAAACGAUUCCCUACGUCACUGGAACAAGGGCUAAUAUUCAUGUUACCAUACUCCUCGAAACAGAAUAUUUCUGUUAUUUACCCAAAGAAUUGCAAGAAGGAAAAUUAGUACAAGUUUCUCCAGUUAUUUUCACUCAAGGGAUCAACGAACAUGCGACUUUAGCUGAAAGGUUUGGAGACACCUCACUUCAAGAAGCAAUCAACGAUGAACAUUUCAGUUACAUACAUUUAUACUACGAAAAAUUCCGAGAACAUUUCCCUGAAGAAGCUAAUGCAAUGAGCCCAAGAGAACCAGCUCUUGAUGCUUUAAUGGAACAUCUUAGGACAAACAUUGCUGGCAAGAAAAGCAAGAAUGUCGACAUCCUCUUUCUGGCACAAGAGAUAUGCUGGCGAAUGAAUGGUAUUCGUUUUAUCAGCUGUAAAAGUGCCAAAGACCGAACUUCAAUGUCGAUCACUUUAGAACAGUGCUCGAUAUUAAAACGCAAGCACAAUCUUAAACCCGAAAUAUUCAAUCAUGCUAUCGAUGCUAUGCGAAGUGAAGGAACACGACGGGAGAAUUGUUUCAAAAACGCUGGUAUACGACGUUAUGCUUUCAAUUAUUGGCAAGUAAUGGCAUUGCCUCGCCUAUACCGACCCCCAGAUGGAACAUAUGGAAGAAACAUACAAGCUUGAAGCGAAUUCAUGCAACGUUAAAAACAUUUCAUAGCUGCAUAGUUAACCCAUUCCACCUUUAUUCGGGGCUGUCUUUUAUCAACCAUGAAAAAUUAUUCGAAUAACAAUGAAAUAAUUUGCACACAAAUGCAUGUCUACUAUAUUAUAAAUAAUUGUUUGAAAUCUUCAAAAUGUGAAUAAGUAUAAUACGCCGCAUCUUAAAAGUGAAAGGUGCAUUGUCAAAAUGGAAUGGUGCACUUGUGUUUGUGAAUUUCAGCAUUAAUAUUACCACAAACCAAGACAAUUCUCUAAAUUCGCGUUGAAGGCAAAACGCUGAAGUUACUCCUGGUUGAUAAAAACUGAUUGCAUGAAGAACUAAAGCUGUAAUCCGAUCAUUUCUAAGCCAUUUGAGCACAUUAUCCAUUGCUUGAAAGCGGUGCAGGAAAGAUUGUCCUAAAAUGAUCGUGUAUUUACAACUGAGCGAAUGUUGAUUCCUGAAAUACACCAAGAACUGAAUACAUAAAUGUGCAGGUUUAAUUUCCGCGUUUGCCUCAAAGGUGUAUAAAUUUUACAAUUUAAUAUUAAAAUUUAAUUAAAAUUAACUCUAUUUGAAUUGAAUGUAAGAGAAAUGAAUUGAAUUGAAUGUAAUCACGUGUAUGUAGAUAUAGUAAAUCGUAUUUAGUUUUUUCUCGAUGCUUGUGCCACUUGCUUUUGUUUGCCGUCAUAUUUAUAUAUAGCAUUAUAUAAGCUUCAAAAUAACAUACCAAACUAAAAUGUAGAAAAAAGUCUUUAAAACUUUUCGGGUCGAUCCUUUACAGCAGUCUUAUCCACAGAGAUUUAAUAGUCAAAUAUUUGAAUUUUAAUACAAUAAAUUAAACUAGUACUUAGUAUCGUAGCCAGAGUUUUGCCAUGCAGUACAGCAAAACCAUCAUCUUGUCAAGUCAUGAACAUCCAGCAUACUAUCUCAUCUUAAUACUACAGGUCAUUCCGGUAACUUUGACGAUUUGAAUCGAAUUAUAAUA